AUGAAGGUUACCGCAAUCAUCGCCGCCGCCGUAAUCGGCCUGGCCUCCGCCGCCCCCGUCGCAGAACCUCAGGAAGCCGCCUCCAAGCCCUCCGUCGGCGGGCAGACCUACUUCCGCGCCGUCGCUUCCGACUCCGGCACGCCCAUCCACCUGCAAAACCUGCACGCCGCCGACGGCAAGAUCUGGAUCGGCAAGAAGACGGAGAAGUUCUGCCCGGACAGCGCCAAAAAGGCGGGUAAAUGCCCCGGCGGCAGCGGCACCGCCUUCCUCUCCGUGAACCCAUCCCCCGGCACGCUGUACAUGGGUGUCUCCGUGCCCAACGGCCAGCAGGUCUACAUCGACCAGUCCACCGGCGCGCUCGCGUACACGCCCGGCGGCGACCCCAACGUCCCCAACGGCGCCAUCACCAACGGCUGGACCUUCAACCCCGACAUUGGCAAUGGUGCCGGCUUGCUCAAGUGGAGGCGCGGUCUGGUUGCAUGCUCCACCACGCAGGUUGAGGGCCAGUACCAGAUCUUUGCCAACUUGAAGAGUGUUCAAUUCAGCCCCGGAUGCGUUGGUCCCUUUGCGGCGGUGACCUCAAAUGUCACAUCUCCUCAGGCUUGGCAGUAUGAGUGA